CCCAGUUAAAAAUAUGUAUAUAAAUAGUUGUCUGUGAUAGAUAAAUAGAUAAAUAGGGUUUGUUAAAAGAGUAUGGUUAAAAUACACAUUUCUCAUUGUGUUUAAAAAGGUCAAGUUCAUGAGUAAACAUGUUAAGGAUGUUAAAAAUGCAUACAUGUAUUUUAUUUUAUUUCCUUUUGAUAAAAAAGCUGCUAAUUAAAUAGAGUGGUAUCUUUCUGGAGAGGUGAAUAGGGUCAAAUAGGUUUGUGUGUGUUACUUGGCUGACAUGUGUGUGUACGCAGACAGGGGGAGUAAGAGAGAAAGAGGGGAGAGACUAGAGGAGCGGAAGAAAAAGCAGCAGGAGGUAAACGAGCUAAUGCGGGAGUUUUUCUGGUGGAUAUCCGAAGUUGUGCAGAAAAAAGUAUAGAUGUACCUGAGUCUUAGAUUGUCAGCUCGAUAAUCUGUAAGAGGACAUGUUUUGAGAGUAACAGAUAACUUCUAUCCGAAGUCUGCUGCGCUGUAGCCAACUUGAAAGAGGCUGCUCGUUAAUGAAGUGAGCGGGGAGUUAGCAAUGUGAACGGACUGUAGGCUGCUGCUAGCUAACCCAGCUCGACAAAGUAGCUUCGUCUGGACUUAUUCCGACCUGGAAACGAGAGACAACAACCAGAUAGCGCUCUGAGCCACCCGGGGAUGCUCAGAGUUCCUCUGGCAACGCUGGAUAACCACCAAACUCCGUGAAUAUGCCCGAGUGCUGCCACCCUGCUCAUGGACAGACACCUGUGGACUGUUAGCUUUCUCUGGAGGAUGCCAUAACUCUGAAAAAGGUACCGACCUGCUUAUUUGUUUCAUGCUCUAAACCUGAGUGAAGCGACCACUAAGUUUCUGGUCCCUACGAUCACAAGCACCGCAUCAGGCCUGCAACGCUUUUAUUUUAUUUUGUUAUAUCCUUUUUGCCGGCUUAGCAUAGAGUGAUAAUGUGUGUGUGUUUGGUCACUAAAAUAAUUCAGUGGACAAGUAAAAGCAUAUAAGUUAAAGUUGGAAAGGUAAAAAGGGAAAACUACUGUGUGACUUGUGAAACAAAAGCAGUGAACACUCCUGGUGUUUAAUUUAAUAUUAAUUUCAUUUAAUUUUGUUUAGAAUUAAAGGAGGAAAUAAUUGUUUCUAAUUUUAAAUGGUUUCUGAGUGUGUUUAUUAUUUCAGAGGUUAAAAGCUAUAUAGCCUUCAUACUCUAUACCAACUUAUAUUAGAGUGUGGUAUUGUACUGUGUUAAAGGGUUAGCACACUCAAUUGUUUGUUACACUGUGGUCUCACAAUAAGGUAUAUUCAAGAGGUAUAGGAUUUCUAAAGUGACCCAAGCAAAAACAUUAAAUUAAUCAGAGAUAAUAUAACAAAGGAAAUUAGGAUAAAGAACUCAGGGCCCCAUCUACAUAAUAUAGAGGGUAGACGGGCUACAUAAAUGGAGGCACUGCUGGGAUUUGUCUUGGGUCCCCAGUGAGGUUAGAGUAGUUAAUCCAGGAUACUGAAGCAGCAAACAAUUCCAGAAGAUGGCAAACAGAGCAGAGCUAGCUGCUGAGCUGAAGAGAUGGUGCAGAGGGGAGGAGUUGGAUGAGGCUCAUGGACUUAUGGUCCUUGUCCCUGAAGAUGUGGAGAUCCACCAAAUCGAAGAGACUCUUGAAACUAUCAAGUGCUUAGGUCGAGUACGUGUCAGAGGAAGGAUCUUUAAUGCAGGACUAAGCAGCCUGAUGGUCUUGUGUGAAUGUAAGGAAGCCUUAACUGGAGUAAGUGUUCCUCCAGAGGUGUUUCUUUCUGAGGGUGGAGGAGCCUGGCCUUUAGUCCUCAUAGAUAAUGCCCCAGCUGCUGCUGAUGACUUCAAUAACAAAUUGAAAGCGCUGUUGCUAGCUGAGGGAAGGACAAUGGAGGACCUCAAAGCUCUACUGCCCACUACACAACCCCCCACUAACUCUACUGAGUCCAUUUUACAGGCGGUUGGUGACUUCUUGCAAAAGACCAACAAACCUCCAUCUGAAAGUGGUUAUCGUCGCCUACGCAUCUUCUCAGGAACACAGCCUGUUCCAGCAGGAGAGGAGCAGUUCGACUACUGGCUCGAGCAGGCAUGGCUCAUGGUAGAGGAGAGUGAAUGUUCUGAGAGAGAGAAAAAGCGAAGGCUAAUGGAAAGCCUAAAGGGGCCAGCACUUGAAAUAGUCAAAACCGUGCGAGCCACCAACCCUGAUGCCAAGCCGGCAGAGUACUUGGAAGCCCUUGAAAGUGCUUUUGGAACUGCAGAAUCUGGAGAUGAUCUGUACUUCGCUUUCCGACUGAUGCAGCAGCAACAGGGAGAGAAAUUGUCAGAUUUCCUUAGACGACUGGAGCGCUCUCUCUCUAAAGUCAUUCAGAGAGGCGGCCUUCCUCCCAGCUGUAUGGAUAAAGCUCGUGUAGAGCAACUACUGAGAGGUGCAGUUGCGGCUGAUUUAAUGCUAAUCCAGCUACGCUUAAGAGAGCGAAAGAAUGCACCACCAACUUUUCUGCAGCUCCUGAGUGAGAUCCGUGCUGAAGAAGAAUAUGAGGCUUCAAGGAUGAAGCUCAACACUUCAGUGCAUCAGGUGCAAACAAAACAGACGAUCGAUGUAAAACAGGCAGAGAUUCAAAGCCUAAAAGAUGAAGUCAAAGAGCUCAAGUCUAUGGUUGCCUCUGUGGUAACUAAGCCAUCGGACACUAAAGAGGAAUAUUCUAAUACUGUACCUGCAACCCCAUCACACCCCUGUGAAAAGUAUCAAGACUCUGAGCUGACAGCUUUAAAGAAACAGGUUAAGCGAUUACAGCAAAAAUUAAAUAAGAAAGUGACUGCAUCUGAUACGACAGCCAACCCAACAGUCAAUGCAGUCUCGGCAGUGGAGGCUACCACUAGAGUUGCUAACUCUCCCACCAGACCAUUAAGACCCCCUGCGGAACAGUUCUGCUACCGGUGUGGAGAGAAUGGACACUUUGCAGCAAAGUGCCAGAAUUCAGAGAAUCAGAGCCAAGUUAUCAAGAAACUGAUUCAAGCUCUGAAGCUAGCAAAAGAGAACCAGUCUUCCACCAGUUUUGCAGGGGCUGAAGUUAACUGUGCUGUUAAGAGAAGUCUUGUGAGUACACAACAAGAUACAGGAAUCCCUGAGGGUUUAAUUGGCCCACCCAGCAUAGUACAGUUAAAAGUAAAUGGACACCCUUGUGAUGCUGUGUUUGACAGUGGCUCUCAAGCUACCAUUAUUUUUGAGUCCUGGUAUCGAGAGUACCUACCUGAUGUCCCAAUACAUCCUGUGUCUGGUCUUGCUCUCUGGGGUUUAAGUGAGUCCAAUCUUAGCUAUCCCUACCUUGGCUACAUUGUGGUGGAUCUUGAGUACCCAGCAGAGGUCACUGGAACCUGUCAGACUGUAACAGUUCUUGCCCUUAUUUGCCCCAGUCCCCAACAUGCAGAACAGAUCCCUGUUAUUGUAGGGACGAAUACCAGUCAUGUCAGAAAUCUGGUGAAACGAUGUAGAGAGAGUGGCUUUGAUAUCACGAGAACCCUACGCAUUCAAGUUGACUGUGGGGAUAAGUUUGUCACUCCUGACCAUACAUCACCCAUCUGUGAGCAAGAUGGCAAUGUUGGCUGUGUGACAUGGCAAGGCCCAGGCCCUCUGACUAUACCACCUGGGGAAGACCUACAGGUUGUCUGCAAGGUUGACUUCACGCAGACCAUUGGAAAAGAGAUCCUGAUGGUUGACUCAUCUCCCUCAGCUCCACUCCCAGCCAGCGUACUGUUGCAGCCCAUGGUAGUGCCAGGCCCUGCAGUGAACGUCAACAAUUUCAGAAUCCUGGUCCAGAACCAGUCCCUAAGAGAGACAGUUAUACCAGUGGGAACAGUCAUGGGACACAUGUAUCUCACUGAAAGCGUCACUGCUGUUCCGCUGGACAAGUCAGCAUCAUCAGACUUUGAUGCCAACCUGAUCAACUUUGGAGACUCACCUGUUCCACAGGAGUGGAAGGAGCGGCUUAGGCAGAAGCUGUCCCAACGAUCUAAUGUCUUCUCCCUGACGGAAUGGGAUGUUGGGUUAGCUAAAGGCGUAGAGCACACAAUCCACCUGUCUGACCCCAGACCCUUCCGACAGCGUUCCCGCCGUCUGACUCCUGCGGACAUUGAUGAUGUGAGAAAGCACCUGCAGGAGCUCCUGUGUGCAGGCAUCAUUAAAGAGUCUCGCAGCCCCUACGCCUCACCCAUUGUGAUCGUCAGGAAGAAGAAUGGAACCAUAAGGAUGUGUAUUGACUACAGGCUACUGAACAGCCGGACAGUUCCUGAUCAGUAUACCACACCUUGCAUUGAUGACGUGCUGGACUCCCUGUCUGGAAGCUGUUGGUUCUCUGUCCUUGACUUGAGAAGUGGCUAUUACCAAAUAGCUAUGGCCGAGGAGGACAAGGAAAAAACGGCAUUCAUUUGCCCUCUGGGGUUCUUCCAGUUCGAAAGGAUGCCUCAGGGAAUAACGGGAGCCCCAGCAACCUUCCAAAGAUUAAUGGAAAAAACUGUUGGUGACAUGAACCUGCUCCAAGUCCUUGUUUACCUCGAUGAUUUGAUUGUCUUUGGAAGGUCUUUGGAAGAACAUGAGGAGAGACUUCUCAAAGUCCUCACCCGACUUGAAGAGGCUGGGUUGAAGAUAUCUCUCGACAAGUGCCAGUUUUGCCAGCCAAAGGUGAAAUACCUGGGACACAUUGUGUCAGCUGAUGGUGUCUCGCCGGAUCCAGAGAAAAUCGCAGCAGUCACCAACUGGCCUCAGCCUACUGACUUGAAGACCCUGAAAUCUUUUUUGGGCUUCUGUGGCUACUACCGCAGGUUUAUAGCCAACUAUGCUGCCAUUGUCAGGCCGCUAACAGAGUUAACAAAAGGUUAUGCUCCAACACAGAAGAGUAGGAAGCAUAACAAAGACCUUACAAAGAGCUACUUGAGAGAAUCAGAGCCCUUUGGAGAAAGAUGGGACCGGUCCUGUACUGAUGCAUUCCACCAGAUCAUCUACUGUCUAACCCAUGCACCCGUGCUAGCAUUUGCCAACCCUGAGAAGCCAUACAUCCUGCAUGUGGAUGCAAGCUUAAAAGGAAUUGGGGCUGUCCUCUAUCAGGAGUACUCUGAGGGAUUAAGACCAGUUGCAUUUGCCAGCCGGAAAUUGAGCCAGUCUGAAAAGCGAUACCCAAUACACCAGUUGGAGUUUCUUUCACUCAAGUGGGCCGUUGUGGACAAGUUCCAUGAUUACCUUUAUGGAGCUCGGUUCACAGUGCGUACUGACAACAACCCCUUGACAUAUGUGCUCACGACAGCAAAGCUCAAUGCUGUUGGACACAGAUGGCUCGCUGCUUUAUCGACAUAUGAUUUUGAUGUCCAGUACAGACCAGGCAGGCACAACAUAGAUGCUGACCUUCUAUCAAGGAACUUUGCUGAUAAUGACAACACUAUGGAAUGGGAGACCAUACCUCAGGCUGGUGUAAGGUCCAUCUGUCAACAUGUCUACAUCUCGAACUCGACAGACAGUCUGCCAAGGUAUGUGGAUCAGGUGGGAGGUUCUCCCGAUUGUGUUCCAGACAUCUACACUUUCCCAAUUCGCAUGGAGUUGAAGUCUCUGGAGCACAUGGCAAAACCAGACCUUGUAUGUGCUCAAAAGGAGGAUGUGGCGAUUGGAUCAGCUGUCCAGGCAGUUCAGCAGAAAAAAUGGCCUGAGGAUGCUGACAACAACCCAGAGCUCUCUCAGCUAAAACGAGAAAAAGACAAACUGAUCAUGAAGGAUGGACUUCUUCAUCGUUUGAGCAAGUGGCCCUCAGGUGAAGAAAUCACUCAACUUGUCUUACCCAAGGAGUUUCGUGAAGCCGUGCUAAAGUCAUUGCACGAUGACUUAGGACACCUUGGAAUUGAAAGAACUACUGAUCUACUAAGAAGUAGAUUUUUCUGGCCCAAAAUGUCUAAAGAUGCUGAGCAACAUGUAAAGAACUGUGGAGAGUGCAUCACUCGCAAGUCCCCUUGUCAGAGAGCAGCUCCAUUACAUCAGAUCAUGAGCAGUGGACCAAUGCAUCUCGUAUGUAUUGAUUUCCUUUCAAUGGAGCCUGAUUCUAGGGGCAUGAGCAAUGUGUUAGUGGUCACUGAUCAUUUUACACGUUAUGCACAAGCUUUCCCUACAAAGAACCAGAAGGCUCAGACUGUGGCUAAGGUCUUGGUUGACAAGUUCUUUGUACAUUAUGGCCUGCCCGCCAGGAUCCAUUCAGAUCAGGGAAGGGAUUUCGAGAGUCGCCUGAUCCGAGAUCUCUUGAAGCUGAUGGGAGUCCGUAAGUCGCGGACUACCCCAUAUCACCCACAGGGAGAUCCUCAGCCGGAGAGGUUCAACCGAACCUUGCUCUCCAUGCUUGGGACUCUGAGUCAGGAGAAGAAACGUCAGUGGAGCCAACAUGUAGGAUAUCUGGUUCAUGCCUACAACAGCACAAAGUGUGAUGCCACCGGGUAUUCACCUUAUUUCCUGAUGUUCGGUAGAGAAGCCAGGCUCCCGGUAGACUUGUGUUUUGGUACGUCUCCAGAUGGGAAAACAGAUAGUCAUUCACACUAUGUGGCAAAGUUGAAGGAAGACUUGCAGAGAGCCUACCAGCUAGCCUCUGAAACAGCCAACAAGACUCACCAAAGAAAUAAGAAGGCAUAUGACAAAAGAGUUGGUUACCAGGCUCUGGAAGUUGGUGACAGAGUGUUACUCAAGAACUUGGGGUUGAAAGGCAAACACAAGUUGCAAACCAGAUGGAGUCCAAUUCCCUACCUUGUAGUGGGAAAGAUGUCCAAUCUACCUGUUUUUAAGGUCAGACAGGAAGAUGGAAGAGGGGGCAUUAAAACCAUUCAUAGAGACCAUAUAUUGCCGAUAGGACAACUGGUGAGACUGCCAAGGACAGAGUUGGAUUGUGACUCACCCCGAAAACCAAAGACCAGAGCUAUGACUUCCAGGAGGCGGAAGCAAACCUCACCUGAGAUUCAGGAAGUCUUACAGGAGGCACAGGAUUCAGACUCCUCCACUGAUUUUGAGUAUUACAGAUCUCCAAGGCCCAACCAGAUAUGCUUGGAAAGCAUGGAGCAAAGGACUCAGGAUAAUGCAGGGCCGUCAGCUGUUUUACAAGAGGAUGAAAAUGCCUCUCUGCAGUCCAAUGAGGAUCCUGAGGAAGAUAGUUCUGAAGAAGAACUUCUGACUGUUGGAGAUCAGGAAAUUAACCAGAAUUCUGCUGCUGAAUCUGAAACUGGUACUGAACCAGAGGACAUGGGACAAGAAGAAGACCAAAAUACUAAUGCUGCCAUGACUACAAGAGAAGCAGACAAUGUUAGUAUAUCAGAAGGCAGACUGGAUAGGAAACCUGAGACCCGUCCCAAGAGAACAGUAAAACCAGUUGUUAGGUUAACAUAUGACGAGCCAGGUAAAGCCAGAGAUCAGCCAAUCACUAUCAUACAUAGAGGUGUUGUUAUAAAGAUUGGAAAGGGCUAGAGGAAUAGAGAACACUUAGCCACACUUCCCACUUCCUGUUGUAAAGUUAAAAUGUUAAAAGUCUGUUGAGGACAUCAGACAUUUAGAAGGGGGAGGGUGUAGCCCAGUUAAAAAUAUGUAUAUAAAUAGUUGUCUGUGAUAGAUAAAUAGAUAAAUAGGGUUUGUUAAAAGAGUAUGGUUAAAAUACACAUUUCUCAUUGUGUUUAAAAAGGUCAAGUUCAUGAGUAAACAUGUUAAGGAUGUUAAAAAUGCAUACAUGUAUUUUAUUUUAUUUCCUUUUGAUAAAAAAGCUGCUAAUUAAAUAGAGUGGUAUCUUUCUGGAGAGGUGAAUAGGGUCAAAUAGGUUUGUGUGUGUUACUUGGCUGACAUGUGUGUGUACGCAGACAGGGGGAGUAAGAGAGAAAGAGGGGAGAGACUAGAGGAGCGGAAGAAAAAGCAGCAGGAGGUAAACGAGCUAAUGCGGGAGUUUUUCUGGUGGAUAUCCGAAGUUGUGCAGAAAAAAGUAUAGAUGUACCUGAGUCUUAGAUUGUCAGCUCGAUAAUCUGUAAGAGGACAUGUUUUGAGAGUAACAGAUAACUUCUAUCCGAAGUCUGCUGCGCUGUAGCCAACUUGAAAGAGGCUGCUCGUUAAUGAAGUGAGCGGGGAGUUAGCAAUGUGAACGGACUGUAGGCUGCUGCUAGCUAACCCAGCUCGACAAAGUAGCUUCGUCUGGACUUAUUCCGACCUGGAAACGAGAGACAACAACCAGAUAGCGCUCUGAGCCACCCGGGGAUGCUCAGAGUUCCUCUGGCAACGCUGGAUAACCACCAAACUCCGUGAAUAUGCCCGAGUGCUGCCACCCUGCUCAUGGACAGACACCUGUGGACUGUUAGCUUUCUCUGGAGGAUGCCAUAACUCUGAAAAAGGUACCGACCUGCUUAUUUGUUUCAUGCUCUAAACCUGAGUGAAGCGACCACUAAGUUUCUGGUCCCUACGAUCACAAGCACCGCAUCAGGCCUGCAACGCUUUUAUUUUAUUUUGUUAUAUCCUUUUUGCCGGCUUAGCAUAGAGUGAUAAUGUGUGUGUGUUUGGUCACUAAAAUAAUUCAGUGGACAAGUAAAAGCAUAUAAGUUAAAGUUGGAAAGGUAAAAAGGGAAAACUACUGUGUGACUUGUGAAACAAAAGCAGUGAACACUCCUGGUGUUUAAUUUAAUAUUAAUUUCAUUUAAUUUUGUUUAGAAUUAAAGGAGGAAAUAAUUGUUUCUAAUUUUAAAUGGUUUCUGAGUGUGUUUAUUAUUUCAGAGGUUAAAAGCUAUAUAGCCUUCAUACUCUAUACCAACUUAUAUUAGAGUGUGGUAUUGUACUGUGUUAAAGGGUUAGCACACUCAAUUGUUUGUUACACUGUGGUCUCACAAUAAGGUAUAUUCAAGAGGUAUAGGAUUUCUAAAGUGACCCAAGCAAAAACAUUAAAUUAAUCAGAGAUAAUAUAACAAAGGAAAUUAGGAUAAAGAACUCAGGGCCCCAUCUACAUAAUAUAGAGGGUAGACGGGCUA